AUGACAUCAGCAGGGGAAAGGCAGCACUAUGCUCUAGUGCUAGUGAAACAUUUGUUUGAGCAUCUCCCUGCCACCAUGACUGUUGGUCUCUUGUAUGACAUUGGCUGUCAACUGGAGCAUAGUUGCCACAAGUUGAAGUUUGGUAUCUCAGUUUUCCAUGCUUAUGGUCAUCAGUGGCCUUGCCAGUUGGUAUACCACCCACAUAAAUGUGUGGGCUUUGGUUUGUCAGAUGGUGAAGGGUGUGAGCAGCUGCAGAGCUCUUUGAAGAUACUCAUUCCCACCCUCCAAGUUUCUGGUCAUCAUCAAAGACUAUUUUUUCUUGACAAUCAGAUCCUUCACCUGGAUAAGAAGUCUUUUGCUGCUCUUGGCCAGUGGUUGAACAAGAAAUGGAUGCUCUGCAAAAGCAAGAAAAUGUUGGCUUUGGCAGCCCUCCAUGCAUUGCAUGUUGACAUGCAAACACUGAGAGAGCAAUGGGCUGCACAGGUGCAUUCACAAACUCAACCCUUACCCAGGUGGUCAAAGAACAAGGGUGCUGAACAGUUGGCACAUAUACUUGCACUGGAAAAGACUGUUGAAGAUUACCAAUGCCAUGUGGAUCAAUUGGAGAAGGAUCUUGUCAAUGAUCAUGUCAAUGACCUCAUUGACUACAAUCUCCAGCAUGCUGCAGCAAAAGCCUCCCUGUCAAAGGCAACUCAGGCUCUUAGCCAAAAAAAGAAAGCAUUGGGAGUUUCUGCACAUGUGGACCUACACCUGUUGAGGAAUGACAAGUGGCUACAGACCCAAACAAAUACACAAGCCUUAAAGACUUGA